UCUGUUGCCCUCACCCAUGGACCCGAUCCGGAGCUUCUGCGGGAAGCUGCGGUCUCUGGCCAGCACGCUAGACUGCGAGACGGCCCGGCUGCAGCGAGCGCUGGACGGAGAGGACAGCGGUGAGUGACGGGGCCGCGCCCGACCGGCCCCCGCGGGGUGUCCUCAACUUUGAAGAUUAUCCAAUGAGAAUUUUAAAUGGCCUUCAUUCAGAAGUCCAGACUCUAAAGGAUGAUGUCAGUAUUCUUCUUGAUAAAGCUAGAUUGGAAAAUGAAGAAAGCAUGAGUUUCAUAAAGACAACAAAAGUAAUGAUGAAAAAAAAUUCAGUGGAUAUCAUGCAAAUAAAAGAGUUUUUCCAGAAGUAUGGCUAUAAUCCACGUGUCAAGAAAAAUUCAGUAUGUGAACAAGAUGGUGCUGACUCUGCCACAGAGUUGCCUCAGUGUGACAGUUUUCAAAAGCCUGAUGGUGAUUUGUCUGAUCCUCCUGUUCCAAGCAGUUCUGUUUCUGAAAAACCUCCACGUAGUCCACAACUUUCAGAUUUUGGACUUGAGCGGUACAUGAUAUCCCAAUCUCUGCCAAACCCUCCACAAGCAGUAAACCAACACAAGGAAGAGCCCAAAAUUGUAACUCCACCUGGCAGUCAGUCAGUAAUUAAAGUACUCAAAACUCCAAAAUGUGCACUAAAGAUGGAUGAUUUUGAGUGUGUAACUCCUAAAUUAGAACAUUUUGGUAUCUCUGAAUAUACUAUGUGUUUAAAUGAAGAUUACACAAUGGGACUUAAAAAUAUGAAGAAUAAUAAAAGGCAGAGUUACAGAGAGGGAAAGGCAGAGGCAGAGAGAGACCGUCCAUCUGCUGGUUCACUCUCCAAAUAUCCACAAUGGCUGGGGCUAGGCCAGGCCUCUCCCAUGGAGAAGACCUCAGAAACAGAACACACAUCCAGUGAUAAACUUUUUGCCACUCCUGGUCCCGUAAUCCAGCAGUUGCAAAAAAGUGAUACCGAGUACACAAAAUCCCCCUUGGCGCCUACAUUCUGCACUCCUGGUUUGAAAAUUCCUGCUACAAAGAAGAGCACAGCUUUGGUAUCCACAAAUUUUCCAUUAUCAAAAACAAACAAAUCAUCUAAUGAUUUGGAAGUUACAGAUUGUACUUCAUUAGUUUUAAAUUCAGACAAGUGCUUUGAGAAUUUUGCAGAUCCCUCUUCUCCUACGAUUUCUUCUUAUGAGAAUCUGCUCAGAACACCUACACCUCCAGAAGUAACUACAAUUCCAGAAGAUAUUCUCCAGAUUUUAACAAAAUACAAUUCAAAGCUGGCUACUCCAGUAGCUGUUAAAGCAGUACCAGCCAGGAAAGAGUUCCUCAAAUAUGAAGGACAGAACAUCCGGGAUAUUGGCAACAAAGAAAACUGGUGAAAAAAUUCUAGUGGAUCCAUCUAUUAUAAAAACUGUAUGGAAUCAGAAGAAGGCAUAACUGGACUUAUUCACAUUUCCCUACGGCUUCCCCUUUUUAAAUCUAACCCGUUGUAAUGAGCAACAUGGACACUGGUGUCUUAUCAUGCUUUUAAUGAAGUUUUGAUUCAGUUCAACCUCAA